CAACUAGUAACCGCUCAAGAACAGGCAAAGUCACUUGGUAAGGGUCGUUGGUCUCCCAAUCUCCCUGUUACAAGAGAAAUCCUUUGGUCAGUCGAGAAUACUCGCAGCUUCUUUGAGAGCUACAAAAACCGACCACUUAAAGCUGUUGUCGAAAAUGUUCGAGAUGGUUGUUCUGUACAAGUCUUCAUUCUACCUGAAUCCCUUAAUGAAAAGCCAAAUACAUUUGUAUACGUUACUGUCACAAUGUCAGGAAUUAAAUCGCCAUCGAUACGUUAUGAGGAUGGAAAAAUUGUUCCCGACGCGUGGGGUCUCGAUGCGCUAUUCUUUACCGAAUCCAGACUGCUACAGAGAGACGUUACUAUACUGUUGGAAUCCGUAUUUAAUCAAGCUUUCGUCGGAAGCAUCCUCCACCCAAAUGGAAAUAUAGCUGAGUUGUUGCUGCGUCAUGGUCUUGCUCACUGUAUUGAUUGGAAUCUAAACUUAGUAAGCGUCCCAGGUGCUGCCGAAGCCUAUAAAAUAGCUGAAAGACUUGCGAAAGAAAAGCGACUACGCGUGUUUGAAAACUACCAGCCCACACAAACAACGGAAGUACAUGCAGACAGUCUUCAAACAGUUGUUCCAGGGAAAAUAUUCAGUGGAAUUGUGAGUGCUCGUCCAACUUUAUUUGUUAUUUUAUUUAUUUGGACACAUAUUGGUGAAAGUGGGCACCAAAUAUGUAUGCGCCACACAGAUAAUUUGAUUUGUGUGUAUCUACUGAGAGUAAUCUGAAGCUAAAUGGACCUUGGCUAUAGGGAUAACGUUAUUUUGGUUCCCUCUUGGCACCUCAGCCAUCUUCGUGCGAUGUCAUAUUCUCCCCUUCGUUUUAGGAUAUUUUUGCACAUGGCGAUGUAGAUUACGAGUUUAAGUAAAUAACGACUUAGGCUGUCAAUCGUUCUUUUUAACCAUAAAAAUUGUGCUGACCUUAACUAUCUGUGUAUUCUGGUGAAAAAAUUACUGCACCGAUGUCAGUUCUGUCAUGUCAUUUCAAACUAUGGUAUUGUGAACAUGUUAUUUCGGAGCCUCUUUCAGGUUGGACUUAAUUUUAGUACUUAGGACUCACUGUUCUUAGCUGAAAAGACUUGGAUCUAUGUGUAUUGUUUUUUUCAGAUAUGUGAAGUCGGAAACGGUGAUAACGUCUCUAUCAAAUGUUCAGAUGGUGUCCAUAAAUUCUUUCUAUCCAGCAUAAGAGCUCCACGACCACAGACCAGCAGCAAGGAAGACGAUUCUUCUGUCCAACGUGGUCGUAUUCGUCCGCUUUACGACAUACCUUAUGUGUUUGAAGCUAGAGAGGUACUUCGCCAGUUCGUCGGAAAACAAGUAAGUCAAGUUUCAAUGAAUCAAAUGAUUACCCUUACCUUGCAAAAUAUUCCGUAAAACAGUAGUUCAUUAGGGUUACAGAAAACAUACUUUAUUAGUAUGUAACUGUUGUAUCUUUAAUAUACA